UAUGGCAGCGCAGGAAGGCGGUGCAGGUGCCGCGCUGCCGUUGUGUGCGGGCGGCGGAGGGGAGGAGCGAGCCAGAGCCGGCCUGACUCGCCGCCCGGAAUACCGGACAGGGGUGCGCUGCAGCGCCGGGCGCCGCCCCUCGCCCGCCAAGCCUCUCCUCCCUCCUCCUUCCUUCCCUCCCUCUCGCCUCGCCUCCGCUCCAGGCCGAGGGCUUCUUAAGGACCAGGCGGAAUUAAUGGGUAGAUGGGAGAUGCUCAUGAUAAAGGAAAGGAAGCAAACCAGCAUGAUGUCACAAGCCUAAGAAUUCAGGACCGAAUAUCAGAAAUACAUACAGCAUGGUGACUGGAAUCCUGAGCACCUUGCAAUAUGAAUAAUUCCUUGGAGAACACCAUUUCCUUUGAAGAAUACAUCCGUGUGAAAGCACGAACGAUCCCUCAGCAUAGGAUGAAGGAGUUCCUGGACUCCCUUGCCUCCAAGGGUCCUGAAGCCCUACAGGAGUUUCAGCAGACGGCUGCUACCACUACCAUGGUAUACCAGCAAGGUGGCAAUUGUAUUUAUACAGAUAGCACAGAAGUGGCCGGAUCUUUGCUCGAGCUUGCUUGUCCUGUUACAACAAGCGUCCAGCAGCAAACCCAACAAGAGCAACAAAUACAGGUGCAGCAACCACAGCAGGUUCAGGUGCAGGUCCAAGUUCAGCAGUCCCCUCAGCAAGUGUCCGCCCAACAGCUCUCUCCACAGCUUACUGUUCAUCAAGCCUCAGAACAGCCGAUCCAGGUCCAGGUGCAGAUCCAAGGCCAGGCACAACAGCAAGCGUCCCAGACAAUACAGGCUCAAGCACUUCAGAGUCCCAGCCCGUCUCAGUUGCAGGCGGCUCAGAUCCAAGUGCAACAUGUGCAGGCGGCUCAGCAAAUCCAGGGUGCUGAAAUUCAGGAGGAACACAUACAGCACCAGCAGAUCCAGGCACAGCUUGUGGCAGGACAGGCUAUUGCUGGGGGCCAGCAAAUCCAGAUCCAGACAGUUGGGGCCCUUUCCCCUCCUCCAUCUCAGCAGAGUUCACCGCGGGAAGGUGAGCGGAGGAUCAGUGCUGCCAGCGUUCUCCAGCCGGUGAAGAAGCGCAAAGUGGAUAUGCCUAUUACUGUGUCGUAUGCUAUUUCAGGGCAGCCUGUUGCCACAGUCCUGGCCAUCCCUCAGGGCCAGCAGCAGAGUUAUGUAUCCCUAAGGCCAGACUUGCUAACGGUGGAUAGUGCCCACCUGUACAGUGCCACUGGGACCAUAACCAGCCCUACUGGAGAGACUUGGACCAUCCCUGUUUACUCUGCACAGCCACGUGGUGACCUACAGCAGCAAAACAUAACCCAUAUUGCUAUCCCUCAGGAGGCCUACAAUGCCGUCCACGUCAGUGGCUCCCCAACAGCUCUGGCCACGGUGAAGCUGGAAGACGAUAAGGAUAAGAUGGUGGGAGGCACGUCCGUAGUGAAAAACUCUCACGAGGAAGUUGUGCAAACUCUUGCGAACUCCCUUUUCCCCGCACAGUUUAUGAAUGGCAACAUCCACAUUCCGGUGGCAGUGCAAGCUGUGGCAGGGACCUACCAGAAUGCAGCUCAGACGGUGCAUAUAUGGGAUCCACAGCAGCAGCAGCAGCAGCAACAGCCUGCACAGCAGGAGCAGGGGCAGCAGCAGCAGCAACUACAAGUUACUUGCUCUGCUCAAACUGUUCAGGUUGCUGAAGUGGAGCAGCAGCCGCAGCCUCAGCCUUCACCUGAACUCCUGCUUCCACAUUCUCUCAAACCAGAGGAGGGGCUGGAAGUGUGGAAGAGCUGGGCACAGACUAAAAAUGCAGAACUGGAGAAAGAGUCGCAGAACAGGCUCGCACCUAUUGGCAGACGCCAGCUGUUGAGAUUCCAGGAAGAUCUCAUAUCCUCAGCUGUAGCAGAGUUGAAUUACGGGCUGUGCUUAAUGACUCGUGAAGCUCGCAACAACGAAGGCGAGCCCUAUGAUCCAGAUGUUCUAUACUACAUUUUCCUGUGUAUUCAAAAGUAUCUUUUUGAAAACGGCAGAGUUGACGAUAUCUUUUCUGAUCUGUAUUACAUACGGUUCACUGAGUGGUUACAUGAAGUACUCAAGGAUGUUCAGCCUCGAGUCACUCCUCUUGGCUAUGUUCUUCCCAGUCAUGUGACAGAAGAGAUGUUGUGGGAGUGCAAGCAGCUGGGAGCUCACUCCCCUGCCACCUUGCUGACUACUCUCAUGUUUUUUAACACAAAAUACUUCCUGUUGAAAACGGUUGACCAGCAUAUGAAGCUAGCCUUUUCAAAGGUCUUGAGGCAGACCAAGAAGAAUCCUUCUAAUCCCAAGGAUAAGAGUACGAGCAUCCGAUAUCUGAAGGCACUUGGCAUACACCAGGCAGGCCAGAAAGUUACAGAUGACAUGUAUGCAGAGCAAACGGAGAAUCCUGAGAACCCUUUGAGGUGUCCUAUAAAACUCUAUGACUUCUACCUCUUCAAAUGCCCCCAGAGUGUGAAAGGCCGGAAUGACACAUUCUAUUUGACACCUGAACCAGUGGUGGCUCCCAACAGCCCUAUCUGGUAUUCCAUCCAACCAAUCAGCAGAGAGCAAAUGGAACAGAUGCUUACCCGGAUUCUGGUGAUACGAGAGAUUCAAGAGGCUAUUGCUGUGGCAAAUGUCAGCACCAUGCACUAAGGAAUCCCUCCCAUUUCAAAAAAAAAAAAGGGGGUGGGACAGGGUGGGAGGGGAGGCCAGGAGAAAUGGAUAAAUUGUACAGCCUUUUACACUAAAGGAGAUGCCUAAGUUUUUUUUUUAAUUGGUGUAGUUAUGAAGCCCUUUUAGGCUUCUUCUGUUUCAAAAAAGACCUUCUCCAUUGUGUAUCUGACCCAACUGCAUCAGCCUUCUGGACACAUUGGGGGCUGCAUUCUUUCUCUGGGAACUGUGAGGUGCCGUAGGUUGACUUUGGGGUUUUUUAUGAUGUGAAAAAAGGAAACCUAAUUGAGGGACUUGGCCUGGCUGGGCCACUACUUUGUCUUGGAGCUCAUGCACUUGGGAAGAACGGAAAACAGUGGAUGUCUGCCUGACCUAAAGAGAAGCAGGCUGCAGUUUCCUUGUGCUCAGACACUGACAUGUCCUAGAGGAGAAGAGGAGUGAGCUGCAAUUAUGAUUUACAAGAAGAAAAUCAAUUUCUAUUAAGACCUUAAAAGACAUUUUUAGAUGUUAAGUACAAACUACCACACUUUUUGUUUUGGCCUGAUGUUGAGGCCUUAAAACCUUGAGGUUCCUGUGCCUGAUGGAAUUCUUGUAACAUACACUUGUGUAUCAUAUAAAGAUACCACCCUGUUUCUCUUAUGUAUUCUUACUCUAGUUGUUUAUUAAGAAUGACGAGCACGUCUUUUCAACAUG